AUGGCACCUCUCCUUCAGGCGAUGCAAGAAGGCUGCUGCUGUUCUGGCAUCGGCGCACUCUUCUGGAGAUCUAGGCGUCAGUCCGAGGCCCUGGGCCAGGCCGCAGCAGGAUCUGGAGGUGCUGUUGCGAAGGAGGACUCACCAGCCGAUCAACCUGAAGCCGCCGAGCCCUCCGAGCCCGCCAAGGAGGAGCCGGAGUCCAAAGCCGAGGUAGCCAUCUACAGCCUGAAGGACGAGAAGGGCCUGCUGGCGUACUGCCGGGAUGCCAAGGUGCGGCUCGUCCGCGCCGACUUCCUCCGGGAGCUCCUGGCAGAGGGCCGCACCAUGCCCCGGCGCCAGGAAGCCGAGGGGAUGCGGACCAAGGACGGCCGCCCGGCCCUGCUGGCCCAGGAGGAGCUGGAGGCGAAGCUGCCAGGCGGCCGCGUGGUGAAAGGGGUCGGCUCCACCCACCACUUUUCCGUCCUGGCCCUGUCGCACUCGUGGGAAAGCCGCGAGAUCCCAGACUUGGCCAGGUUUCAGCUGGGAGUGCUGGUAGAAGCAUUGGACACCUUCGCGGAGAUCCUGGAGAAGAUCGCCCCGGCCCAGAAAGUCGCAGAGGACUGGGAGGCGGCGAUCUUCGUCGAUUACAUCUGCUUAUAUCAGUUCCCAAGAACUGAAGAGCAGGACGUCUACUUCGCGAAGGGCAUGGCCAACAUGCACCUGUUGUACGCCCAUGACACGACCUGGUCGCUAAGGAUCGAGGACCUGACGCCGGGCCUCCACGACCGGCCCGGGCCCCAGCUGCCUGGGACCGCUACGGUCUUCUACCUCCCCGAGAACGCCGUGACGGAUGUGGCGCUGGCCGAACUGCGCGACACGGACGAGACAGGCAGCUGCGGCCCGGGAUGCCACUUCGGCUGCCGCCCGCCCUGCCCGCAGCUGCACCGGAACAGCACGCCGUACCUGCAGCGCGGCUGGUGCAGGGCGGAGGUGCAGUGGUCCCUGACCCGGGCAUCCCCCUGGAGGAGCAUCAGGAUCCCCUUCCGCGAAGGCCGGAACUCAGAGGCGCCCAUGGCGCCCUCGGAGUUCCGCGCCGAAGCGGAGAGGGGGACCCUGAAGUUCACCCACCGGUCGGACCUGGAACUGGUGCUGCAGCUCCAGGCCAAGGUCUUCCGGGAGAAGGCGGCCGAGGCCGCGCAGCUGGUUCUGGGGGAGCUGCCCGAAGCCCAGCUCCAGGUGCUGGCCCGGGCGCUGCCGCACUAUGAGCGCCUGGAGGUGGUGACCGUGAACAACAGCGAGCUGGCUGGCGAGGGCUUCCAGGCCCUGGUGCGGGCGCUGCCCUGGAGCCGCCUGCGGCAGCUGAAGCUGACGCACUCCGGCUUCGGAGACGCAGAGGCGAAGGCCCUUGGAGCUGGUUUGGGUGGCCACUCCUCGCUGCGGCUGCUGUGGCUCUUCGGCAAUCGCAUCGGCGACAGCGGCCUCCAGGCCAUCGCCGAGGGCCUUGCAGACCACAAGAACCUACGAGACCUAAGCCUGGGCAACAACGGCUUCGGCGAUGUGGGGGCGCAGGCCCUGGGAGCCGCGCUGAAGGCCCUGCCACACAUCGAGGACGACCUGAGGCUGCAGCAGAACGCCAUCGGGGACUCCGGGGCCCAGGCUCGGCCCGCUCGGAUCGAAGGAUUGUGGAGGCAGGCUGCUCCAGGGACUUCCCGUAGAGGCUCGCAGGAGAAACUGCUGAAGCGAGGGCCUUCACCUUUACCCAGCAGCGUGGCCCUUGGAGCUGGUCUGGGCGGCCACUCCUCGCUGCGAGUGCUGUGGCUGCUCGGCAAUCGCAUCGGCGACAGCGGCCUCCAGGCCAUCGCCGAGGGCCUCGCAAGCCACAAGAACUUACGAGACCUAAGCCUGAGCAACAAUGCCUUCGGCGAAGUGGGGACGCAGGCCCUGGGAGAAGCACUGAAAGCUCUCCCGAACAUCGAGGAGCUGAAGCUGAGCGAGAAUGCCAUCGGAGACUCUGGAGCCCAGGCUCUCGCUGCUGGCCUGGGCGGACACACGGCCUUGCAGAAGCUGAUGCUCUACGAAAACCGAAUUGGCGACGGUGGCAUCAAGGCCCUGGCCAGCGCGCUGCGGCCACAUGCGCAGCUCAGCGACUUGAGGCUGCACAGCAACUCCAUCACAGAUGCCGGGCUCCAGGCCCUGGCCGAAGUCCUCCAGCACCUCACGCAGAUGCAGAUUCUCGCCUUGCGCGACAACAGCUUCGGCGAUGAUGGCGCGCAGGCCUUGGCCGGGGUCCUGCCGCGACUGCUGCAAUUGACCGGGCUGACCCUGAGUCAGAAUCGGAUCAGCGAUGCGGGAGCCGAGGCCUUGGUCCACGGCCUCCGCGACAACAGGGUGCUCAAAAUGCUCUGGCUCCACGAGAAUUCUCUCAGCGACGCCGGCGUGGAGGCAGUCGCCGCUGCCUUCCGGGAUCGUACCAUGGAAGAUCUGAAGCUCCGCCCGCAGAGAUGUUUUGCAGACGACGGGGAGGUCCUCGACCACGCGGUAGUCGCCGCCUCACCUCCGGAGGUGCCACCGGGUGAAGUCCGCAAGCCUUGUGCAGAAAGCUGGAACAAGAGUGGCAAGGACACCGAGUUUGCCUUAAUGUCGGUGGUGCCCUUUGGCGCUUUCGACUCUUCUGAUUGCCAAGAUGUGGGCCUCAUCUGCCUGGAUGUCAAGGAGAAGCCGGAUGACAUCCGUGCCUGGUCAAGGUCGGUGGCGCCCAUUUUUGGGGUGCUCGACUCUGAUGUGCAUGAUCUGCCUGGCUCUCCUUCCAGCCUCGUCUUCCAGAGCUCGACGCCCCCCAAACUUUCGUUGAAGGAGGAAGCCAUCCAAGCAACUUUUUCCCUUGAGUUGAGUAAGAGAAGGUGGUCUCGACCGGGUGCCGAGAACAGCCACUGCAUCGAGCAAGUGAUUUCAGACACUCAAGGCCCAAGCGAGGACUGCGUGCUGCCAGCAGCGUCCGAGCGGAAGAAUGCCAGAGCGACCCAGCGGUUCCAAGGAGUGAGCCUUCAUGCGGGUGCCACUUCGCAGCCGGAUCCGGACCGACGCCAGGCGCAUGAUGACUGCCACUGCGGCAUUUUGUUCUUGAGAAAGCGCCAUGGACUUGGCCAGGUCAUCUUGCCGGUGCCGAACGGCACGGACCAGGUGGAGGUGGAGGUGGGGCCGCCCCAUCCCGCAGAUGGAGUGCGCGCGUCCAACCAUCAAGAAGAUGAGGGUGGCGCGGGCAGACGCCGGAAAGGUCUACUCGGUUGCCGCUGUCCUGGCAUUGGCGCUUUCUUCUGGAGAUCCGGGGGUCAGGACCCGGUUCUACGUUUUAUCGCCGAGGAAGCCGCAGAGCCCUCCGAGCCCGCCAAGGAGGAGCCGGAGUCCAGAGCCGAGGUAGCCGUCUACAGCCUUCGGGACGAGAAGGGCCUGCUGGCGUACUGCCGGGAUGCCAAGGUGCGGCUCGUCCGCGCCGACUUCCUCCGGGAGCUCCUGGCAGAGGGCCGCACGAUGCCCCGGCGCCAGGAAGCCGAGGGGAUGCGCACCAAGGACGGCCGCCCGGCCCUGCUGACGCAGGAGGAGCUGGAGGCGAAACUGCCCGGCGGCCAGGUGGGCGGUACCCACCGUUUCUCCGUAAUGGCACUUUCACACUCGUGGGAAAGCCGCGAGAUCCCGGACGUGGCCAGGUUCCAGCUGCGAGUGUUAGUAGAAGCACUGGACACCUUCGCGGAGAUCCUGCAGAAGAUCGCCCCGGCCCACAACCUCGCCAAGGACUGGGAGGCUGCGAUCUUUGUGGAUUACAUGUCCCUGUACCAGUUCCCAAGAACUGAAGAGCAGGACGUCUACUUCGCGAAGGGCAUGGCCCACAUGCACCUCCUCUACGCGCAUGACACGAGCUGGACACUAAGGAUCGAGGACCUGACGCCCGGUCUCCACGACCGGCCCGGGCCCGAGCUGUCUGGGACCGCUAAGGUCUUCUACCUCCCCCACAACGCCGUGACGGAUGUGGCGCUGGCCGAACUGCGCGACACGGACGACCAGGGCAGCUGCGGCCCGGGAUGCCACUUCGGCUGCAGCCCGCCCUGCCGGCAGCUGCACCGGAACAGCACGCCGUACCUGCAGCGCGGGUGGUGCAGGGCGGAGAUCCAGUGGUCACUGGCACGGGAAGCCCCCUGGAAGAGCAUCAGGAUUCCCUUCCGCGAAGGCCGAAACUCAGAGGCGCCCAUGGCGCCCGCGGAGUUCCGCGCCCAAGCGGAGAGGGGGACCCUGAAGUUCACGCACCGCGCGGACCUGGAGCCCGUGCUGCAGCUCCAGGCCAAGGUCUUCCGGGAGAAGGCGGCCGAGGCCACGGGGCUGUUUCUGGGGGACCUGCCCGAAGCCCAGGUCCAGGUGCUGGCCCGGGCGCUGCCGCACUACGAGCGGCUAGAGGAGCUGUAUGUGGACGGCAGCGAGCUGGCCGGCAAGGCCUUCCAGGCCCUGGUGCGGGCGCUGCCCUGCAGCUGCCUGCGGGAGCUGAGGCUGACGCGCGCCGGCUUAAGAGACACAGAGGCGAAGGCCCUUGGGGCUGGUCUGGGCGGCCACUCCUCGCUGCGGGCGCUGUCUCUCUUCGGCAAUCGCAUCGGCGACAGCGGCCUCCAGGCCAUCGCCGAGGGCCUGGCAGACCGCAAGGGCCUACGAGAACUCAGCCUGAGCAACAACGGCUUCGGCGAUGUGGGGGCGCAGGCCCUGGGAGACGCGCUGAAAGCUCUCCCGAACAUCGAGGCCCUUGGAGCUGGUCUGGGUGGCCACUCCUCGCUGCGGCUGCUGUGGCUGUUCGGCAAUCGCAUCGGUGACAGCGGCCUCCAGGCCAUUGCCGAGGGCCUCGCAGACCACAAGGGCCUGCGGGACCUCAGCCUGAGCAACAACGGCUUCGGCGAUGUGGGGACGCAGGCCCUGGGAGACGCACUGAAAGCUCUCCCGAACAUCGAGGAGCUGAGCUUGGCCGAGAACGCUAUCGGAGACGCUGGAGCCCAGGCCCUUGGAGCUGGUCUGGGUGGCCACUCCUCGCUGCGGCUGCUGUACCUCUUCGGCAAUCGCAUCGGCGACAGCGGCCUUCAGGCCAUCGCCGAGGGCCUCGCAGGCCACAAGGACCUACGAGAACUAAGCCUGGGCAACAACGGCUUCGGCGAUGCGGGGGCGCAGGCCCUGGGAGACGCGCUGAAAGCUCUCCCGAACAUCGAGGAGCUGCAGCUGUCGGAUAACGCCAUCGGAGACUCUGGAGCCCAGGCAUUGGUCCAUGCCCUGCGUGACAACAACGCGCUCACGGAGCUCUGGCUCCACAAGAAUUCCCUCAGCGACACCGGCGUGGAGGCAGUCGCCGCUGCCUUCCGGGAUCGCACCAUGACAGAUCUGAAGCUCCGUCCGCAGAGAUGUUUUGCAGACGACGGGGAGGCGGGACCUCACGAGAAUCCCGUCAUCGACCCGCGUUGUGCAGACAGCUGGAGAAAGAGUGGCAAGGACACCGAGUUUGCCUUAAAGUCGGUGGUGCCCUUUGGCUCUUCUGAUUGCCAAGAUGUGGGCCUCAUCUGCCUGGAUGUCAAGGAGAAGCCGGAUGACAUCCGUGCCUGGUCAAGGCGCUCAAAAGUGCGCCUGCGCAUUUCCGCUGCUGGAGUCCGGCUGAUCUGCUCGCUCAAGGCUGAAGUGCUCCUACGAGGUGUCGCGCCAUGGCAUCGUCUUGUCGAUGUGAAACUGGUCGGACUGCGUGCUGCCGGCAGCGUCCGAGCACCAAUCCUGCAGCGACCGCAGCAGCUUCAAUAUCAGAACAAGACGACUUUACCAUUAGUCCGUCAACGUGUCCGGCAUGUUCUCACAAUCGCGAAGCUUCGUCCCAGCGAGGCCGGCACGCGUGGUGGCUGUGGAGGAGCCCUGGAGAUGGAGACCAACAGCAACUACAUCCAUUUUGCGCGCACGUGCCUUCACUUGCCUGCGGCCAUGUCCGGAUCGCCCCAGGAGGACACCAAAUCGCCCUCGACGUCAGAGUCCGCGGGAUACCCGGCCCAGCCCAAAGAGAUGGGGCGUGCCUCGACGGACCCGCGCCGCGAAGCCUCCCAGGCAAAGGCCCCGAGCCAGGCGGCAGGAUCUGGAGGUGGUGUGAAGGAAGGAUCUCCCGCCGAUCGACCUGCAGAGGCAGAAGCCGCCGAGCCCUCCGAGCCCGCCAAGGAGGAGCCGGAGUCCAAAGCCGAGGUAGCCAUCUACAGCCUGCGCGACAAGAGCGGCCUGCUGGCCUACUGCCGGGAUGCCAAGGUGCGGCUCGUCCGCGCCGACUUCCUCCGGGAGCUCCUGGCAGAGGGCCGCACCAUGCCCCGGCGCCAGGAAGCCGAGGGGAUGCGCACCAAGGACGGCCGCCCGGCUCUGCUGGCCCAGGAGGAGCUGGAGGCGAAGCUGCCAGGUGGCCACGUGGAAUGGACCCACCGCUUCUCGGUCAUGGCUCUCUCACACUCGUGGGAGAGCCGCGAGAUCCCGGACGUGGCCAGGUUCCAGCUGCGAGUGCUGGUAGAAGCACUUGACACCUUCGCGAAGAUCCUGCAGAAGAUCGCCCCGGCCCAGAACCUCGCCAAGGACUGGGAGGCGGCCAUCUUUGUGGAUUACAUGUCUCUGUACCAAUUCCCAAGAACUGAAGAGCAGGACGUCUACUUCGCGAAGGGCAUGGCCCACAUGCACCUCCUCUACGCGCAUGAUGAGACCUGGUCGCUAAGGAUCGAGGACCUGACGCCGGGCCUCCACGACCGGCCCGGGCCCGAGCUGCCUGGGACCGCUAAGGUCUUCUACCUCCCCGACAACGCCGUGACGGACGUGGCGCUGGCCGAGCUGCGGGACACCGACGAGACAGGUAGCUGCGGUGCCGGAUGCCACUUCGGCUGCAGCCCGCCCUGCCCGCAGCUGCACCGGAACAGCACGCCGUACCUGCAGCGCGGCUGGUGCAGGGCGGAGGUGCAGUGGUCCUUGGCCCGUGACUGCCCCUGGAAGAGCAUCAGGAUCCCCUUCCGCGAAGGCCGGAACUGCGAGGCGCCCAUGGCGCCCGCGGAGUUCCGCGCCGAAGCGGAGAGGGGGACCCUGAAGUUCACCCACAGGUCGGACCUGGAGCCGGUGCUGCAGCUCCAGGCCAAGGUCUUCCGGGAGAAGGCGGCCGAGGCCACGGUGCUGAGUCUGGGGCAGCUGCCCGAAGCCCAGGUGCAGGUGCUGGCCCGGGCGCUGCCGCACUACGAGCGGCUGGAGGUGGUGGAAGUGGACGGCAGCGAGCUGGCCGGCGAGGCCUUCCAGGCAGGAGAGCGC